AUGACUAGAAACGGUACGCAAAUAGUACUGGCGAUAGUACUGGUUCUGAGCCUCAGCAGCCUCGUCAGUAGUGCUGUCGUUACUCGUCGUGAAGUGUUCGGUGCGGCGACGCAACCCGAAAGUGGCCGAGGGCGUACCGGGCGGGGCUGUGCAAGCCGGCUCGUAUUGAAUGUAGACGCGGAGCUGGAAACCCUUGGGAGAUCAGCGCCGGCGCCGUCUCCGGUAAGCCCGCCACCGGCUCCGCUCGAAGACGGUCAGGAGUGUGUGAGCGACCAGGGGCUGCGUGUGAGCUGGAAGUGGCUCAACCAGAACGAGGGCGUUGUCAUGUGGACCUUCGAAAACCCGACGAACGAGAGCGGUGCUGUUGCUCUCAACCGCGGCAUUCUCCAGCAGCCGGGGUCAACGUAUUGUCUCGGUGAUGCGUUCUGGCCCGCGUACCUGGAGGACAACCUCGCUUUCAUCGCCGCGGGACCGUACCCUGCGUUGACAGGCUCGAGUGCGAGUUUACCAAUUGCUGCCAUAGGCCAGGAUAGUCGAGUCAUAUGCUUUGUAUUCACACUGAAUCCCGGUGAGAGCUAUGACUUGCCGGAGGCAGGUUUCGUUGGCAUCUCGCCACAGUGCACCGCACUUCUCGACCUGCGAUUUGUUUCCAAUAUCAACAUGACGAUCGCCUAUGACACUCAAAACCAGUGUCGAGAGUUCAACGGAAACUCGAAAUGUCCCCCAAAUCCGGUACAAACCGAAAUUCCGCUGUAUCAGCCGCACAGCGGUAAGGCAGCGGGUGCGUUCCAGCCCUCGUAUUCGAGUGGAUCCGGAUUUGUCUGUUUCCCGGGUGAUGCGCUGGUCGAGCGCCCCGACGGCAGCGCUGUGCGUAUGCGCGAACUUCGCGUCGGAGACCAAGUCAUGACCCUGAGCGCGGGUGAGCACCCAUCGGGGACGCCCAGGCGAGUAGCCACUCGCGUCUACGGCUUCGUAGAUCGUAUCCCACACGGUAGCGCAAUUCCGUAUUUGCGCAUCACGACGACGAGGCAGCUGCUCGAGAUCACGGAAAAUCAUUUAAUAUGGGCUACAGAUGCACCUCUGGGGGCUGGGGGGUAUCGACUGGCCCGGCGCCUGCACCCGGGCGUGUACGUGCGCAGCGCGAACGGACACCUCGAGCGCAUCGAGUCGAUGACGCGCGUGCGGCACGCAGAUGCCUAUGCGCCGCUGACGGAGGCGGGAACGCUGCUGGUGAACGGCGUGCUGGUGUCGUGUUAUGGGAACUUGGAGUCGCAUGAAAUCGCUCAUGCUGCGUUCGUACCGCUGCGUGUCCUCGAAUGGAUAUGGAACUUGUAUAUAAGCAGGUUUGCGGGCACGCUGGGCAUUGGGCGCGAACGCUUCCUCGUGACGCCGCCGAGGCAGGGCCUUCAUCCAUAUGCUCGGGCGCUGGUAGGGAUGUACGCUGCCAUCAGGCACCUUUCCGGAGGUGUUCUGGCCCCGUUGCAAUCCAACUGA